AUGUCAUCUAAAAAGAAUGUACUCACAAUACGGAAUUUCCGGGGGCUUGCACCUAUCCCACCGGAGAUUAUCGAACAAAAAUGGCAACACCUUGAAGCGGAAAUUGUCACAAUCUUGAAUACUUCAAACUACACAAAUUUAGAAGAAUUGUACAGAAUGGCCGAAGAGUUGUACACCGCCAAGUACGCCCCCUUGUUGUAUAAUCUUCAAGUUUUGAUUGAAACUUAUUUGACCCAAAAAUUGGAAUUUAUCGUUGACAAUGUGAGUAACGUAUUAUUUGUUAUUGACCAGUUUUGGAAAGAAUUUUGCCGACAUAUCAAAACUGUUAAAAAUAUUUUCCUGUACUAUGACCGCUCUCCCAAAUUUUUCAAAUACAAUACUGUCCAAAGCAUCAGUUUGGGGUUGUUUACCAGUGUUGUUAUUCUGAAUCCUGUGGUCAAAAAAAGUCUGAUUGAAGAGAUUCUUCAAAAAAUUGAAGACGAGAGACGUACUCUAACUACCAAUAACGUCGUUUUACUAAAAUCGGCUAUAAAUAUGUUGAAUGUUCUUCAAAUUUAUGAGGACAUCUUCAUAGCUGAUUUUCUGAAGUCGACUCAAGUUUUUUACGAAGAUGAAGGUUUCAGAAAUAUUAGUACAAUGGAAGUGCCUCAAUACUUGUCACUUGUCAAUAAGAGGAUCACCCAAGAACAAGAAAGAGUUAAAAAAUACUUAAACAAGAGUUCAGAAACCCAACUUUUGGAUAUCGUCUACACCCAACUCAUCGAGAAUCACAUAACUGAGAUUCUGAACAAAGGUUUUGACGAGCUCAUUGAUAAAAAGAUGUACAGCGAAUUAAUCCUGAUUUACAAACUGUUCCAAAAAAUCUCAAACGGUACCAAAUACCUGAUCAACUAUUUCAAGGACUACAUUGUCAAGAAAGGGACCACAAUAACCGACGUCAAAAAUGAGAAAAACAUGAUCCAGGAUUUGCUAGAUUUCAAGGACGAUCUGGACAAAAUCAUCGAAAUGUCCUUCGAGAACAAGAAAGAAUUCCAUGAGUGUGUCCGUCUUGCGUUUAAGAAUUUCAUCAAUAGUUUUCAUGCGAAAAGUGCCCAACUUUUGGCCAAAUACCUCGAUGUUAAGCUGCGUAGUAAGGAUAUCAACGAUGAGGAACUGGAAGUCAUUUUGACCAAAGUGAUAAAAUUGUUUAAACACGUCCAAGGCAAAGAUAUUUUUGAAGCUUUUUACAAGAAACUCCUAGCAAAGAGACUGCUUUUGGGAAAAUCUGCCAAUCAGGACGCUGAGAACAGCAUGAUUUCCAAGCUGCGAGACGAGUGUGGGAGUGCCUUCACGUCAAAUAUCGAAGGGAUGUUCCAAGAUAUCAACUUGAGUAAGAGUAUAAAUAAUUCGUUUAAACAAAAGGUGAAAAAUCAGGAGAGUUGUAACGGGUUUACUUCUGAGUUUUCGGUGUAUGUCCUGACGAGUAGCUACUGGCCCAAUUACCCCAACUAUGCCGUCAAUUUACCCUGUGAGUUGGUGACUUACCAGCAGAAUUUCCAAAAGUUCUAUUUGGGUAACCACAGCGGGAGAAAACUCCUCUGGCAACCAAGCUUGACUUACUGUUUACUCAAAGGAAAUUUCGAGUGUGGAAUUAAGGAAUUACAAGUGUCCUUAUUUCAAACAAUCAUCCUUUUGUUAUUCAAUACAUCGCCAGAGAAUGGUUUCAAAGAGAUAUUGGAAGCCACAAAUUUGGAGGAAGUCGAGUUGAAACGAACACUCUUGUCUCUGGUUUAUGGUAAAGCCAGAAUUUUGCUCAAAUCGCCCAAAACUAAAGAAAUAGACGACAAUGAUGUCUUCAUUUUCAACAGCAAGUUUACUGAUAAGCUAUUUAGGGUGAAGAUCAACCAAAUUCAGUUACAAGAAUCUCCGGAGGAUGAGAAAGAAACCGAAAAAAAUGUUUUGGUGGAUCGGCAGUUUCAAAUAGAUGCGGCUAUAGUCAGAAUUAUGAAGAGCAAAAAGACAAUUAAGCACUACAUGUUGGUCCGGGAGUUGUACAAGAUGUUGGAUAUUCCGGUCAACCAGACAGAUUUGAAGAAAAGGAUCGAGUUGUUGAUUGAACGGGAGUACAUGGAGAGGGAUAAAGACAACAAGUCAACUUAUAUUUACAUUGCUUAG